UCUGCGGCAGCAAGUGGCCGGGCCGGGCGCCGAGCGUGCGGAGCGGGAAAGAAGAGUUGAGCGUCCGCUCCGGCGCCGGGCUCGGUCGGCCGGCCGCAGCCCCGUGGGGUCGUCCUGCUGGGCCUCGCCGGCGGGCACCCUGGCUGUGGGCACCUGCGGCGCGCACGGCGCGGGGCCGCUGGGCGGCGGCAUGAAGGUCACAUCGCUCGACGGGCGCCAACUGCGCAAGAUGCUUCGCAAGGAGGCGGCGGCGCGCUGUGUGGUGCUCGACUGCCGGCCCUACCUGGCCUUCGCCGCCUCGAGCGUGCGCGGCUCGCUGAACGUCAACCUCAACUCGGUGGUGUUGCGGCGGGCCCGCGGCGGCGCGGUGUCGGCGCGCUACGUGCUGCCCGACGAGGCGGCGCGCGCGCGGCUGCUGCAGGAGGGCGGCGGCGGCGUGGCGGCCGUGGUCGUGCUGGACCAGGGCAGCCGGCACUGGCAGAAGCUGCGCGAAGAGAGCGCCGCGCGCGUGGUGCUCACCUCGCUGCUCGCCUGCCUGCCCGCCGGCCCGCGGGUUUACUUCCUCAAAGGGGGAUAUGAGACUUUCUACUCAGAAUAUCCUGAGUGUUGUGUGGAUGUAAAACCCAUUUCACAAGAGAAGGUGGAAACUGAGAGAGCCCUCAUCAGUCAGUGUGGGAAAUCAGUGCUUAACAUCAGCUGCAGGCCGGCCUAUGACCAGGGCGGCCCAGUUGAAAUCCUUCCGUUCCUUUACCUUGGAAGUGCCUACCACGCAUCCAAGUGCGAGUUCCUUGCCAACCUGCACAUCACAGCCCUGCUCAAUGUCUCCCGGCGGACCCCGGAGGCCUGCACAACACACCUACACUACAAAUGGAUCCCCGUGGAAGACAGCCACGCGGCUGACAUCAGCUCCCACUUUCAAGAAGCAAUAGACUUCAUUGACUGUGUCAGGGAAAAGGGAGGCAAGGUCCUGGUUCACUGUGAGGCUGGGAUCUCCCGCUCGCCCACCAUCUGCAUGGCUUACCUCAUGAAGACCAAGCAGUUCCACCUGAAGGAUGCCUUUGAUUACAUCAAGCAGAGGAGGAGUGUGGUCUCGCCCAACUUCGGCUUCAUGGGCCAGCUCCUACAGUAUGAGUCUGAGAUCCUGCCUUCCGCGCCCACCCCUCCGGCUCCCUCCUGCCAAGGAGAGGCAGCUGGCCCUUCAUUCCUCGCCCACUUGCAGACACUGAGCCCUGACGUGCAGGCUUCAUACUGCACAUUCCCUACCUCGGUGCUGGCCCCGGUGCCCACCCACUCGACAGCCUCAGAGCUCAGCCGGAGCCCCCUGGCCACAGCCACAUCCUGCUAAACCCGAGCUGAGGGAGCCAGCCCAGCCCCAAGAACAACUGUGAUUUUGUAUUUUGACUCGUGGACAUUUCAUACCUGUGCAAUGCUGAAGACCUCGCCCUGUCCUGCUAUCCUGGUGGGACAGCGAAGGGGUCACCAGGUUUGCAGACAAACUUAAGACUGACCUCGGGACUGAAGGAAGGCCAAGCCAUUAUGAGAGCACAGUGCGUGCUGACUACUGUACUUCCAGACCCCCGCCCUCAGGACUGCCCAGUCUUUGCACCUCAAAAUUCGCCUUUUCAUUUCAAGCAUAAGGCAAUAAAUAACCUGCAGCAACAUGGGAGAAAGCAGUUGCUAGACCAGGAGAAAAGGCAGUCAUGAAGCCAAUUCAUUUUGAAGGAAGCACAAUUUCCACCUUUUUUUUUUUUUUUUUCAAAUUUUGGCAGUCUCUAUAUCUGUCUCUGUUGCUUCAGGGCAUAAGCUGAUCACCACCUAGUCAGGAAAGUAACCCUGCAGGGUUUUAGGGACAUGAUGUAUAUGCCGAUUUGAACCCUCAGAUGCUUUUGAGACUCCAUCUUGGAUCAGGUGGAGUCAGUUGGGUGAAGUAGUGAGACGGGAACACUUCUGGUUUCCUUCUCACUGUGGGUUCUUCCCUGACUUUGGACUUGGGCAUGAUUCUUACUCAUACUUGAACCUUUCUCGUUGCACCUCUCCUCAAAGCAACUCUUGUGUCAUUUGAAAAGAGUUCUUUAGACCAUAGACCAAAAAUCACCUGUUUGAGGUGGUGGCAGUGGGUGCCACGAGAGAGAAAGGGUACCCACUUCCUGGGUCAGUGGCAUUGAAACAGUCGUCCCCCCAGCUUGCUGUCUUUAUAUGUGCUUGUCUCGUCUCUGAUGACACUUGUGUUCUUCCCUGCCCCUGGGGGUUGUCUUCAAGCUGUUGACUUCUGGGAUUUGCAGAUUUCAAUGUGGUACUACUUUUUUUUUUUGUCUGUAGGAUAUUUCUCCAGGGGAAAAGGCAAUAAUUUCCUAAAAUCCAUAUGAAUGUGAAGAAAAGCAGUAUGUUGGUUGUCAUCGUCGUCGUCUUUUUUUUUAUAUAGUGUAAAAUAAAAAUAGUAAAAAGAA